AAAAGUCACCAAGUGUAUAACAGAGGAAGGCGUGCCAUCCUCUUAUUGGAAACACGAAGUUCUCACAAUAAUGGGAGUGUCAGAACAUUUUUUUCAACCCCAAGAACUGUCUUUUUAACCUUUUCCUGUUUUGAAACUGCGUUGCUUUCUUAUUUUUCGUUACCUGUUAAUUCGUGACAGUUGAAAACUCAAGCACACGUCGACCAGCACCAGGAUUUAUUUCACGCGGAGCGGUUUGGAUGGAGUUAGGAGCGGUGAAAGAGCCGCGAAUUUAGGAUGUCUUCAGGCGCAUCACGCGCGACGACACCAGGAUGCUUUACAAGCACAGCAAGCACCUGAGUGGACGAUACAAGAAGUCUGCACAUCACUUGGUCUGGCUCCUCUGUCUUUGGGCUCACUUCUUGCCUCAAGUGGAUGGCUUCUUUAUGUCUGAUGCUAAGGCUGUCCUGCAAGGGUGUGAUGACCACUGGAGCUUACAGGAAAAGGAGCGUAUGCCUGUGCUCUUUCAAACCACGGUAUGCGUAGACGUACAGGUCCUUUCCCCAGGCGAGUGGACAGCAUUUAGCUAUGUCUCGGUCCCUGCACCCCGCUAUGAACUUGCACUGCAGGGGGAUGCAAACAACCUGUACGCCUGGCUGUUGGGUGUACGCCACCAGUUCCCUGUCCAGCUGACCACCCAUCAAUGGUACCACAUAUGUCUACGGUGGGACGCCCCUCGCAAAAGCUUCAGCCUGACAAUAGGUGGCAACUCAGAAGUAUACCAGCGGACCGCCAUUGCCCGAGCAAUCCCUCCUUCAGGGCGUCUUCUGUUGGGUUGCCAACCAAACAAAGCCUCCCCUGGGGUGAAAAUGGCCACCGUGGAACUCUACCUGUUCCGCAUAUGGGACGAUGUUGGAGAGCACAGAGCCUGCGAGGAUGGGACAGUGAUUGGCUGGGACUCACGACUUUGGGCCAUCACACAAGCCCAGGCUAGAGUCCAAGAUUAUACGUUGCAAUGUGGUCUAGGGCAUCUGCGUUUGAAACGCAGUGCAGACAAUACUACACCCCCAUCCACAUCCCAAGGUUCAGCCAGCACCCCAAAGAUUGUCUCGACAUCUAGUCCACUCCAAUUGAUUUUGACUUCAAUAAUUACCGGUUCACUGAAAUCCACCACCCAAGUCUCUGCUUCAACCACACAAGCUACAACCACAUCAAAUCCUGCAGGACUCUCUACAACAACUUCUAACCCUUCAGUGACUCUCAGUGCACCAACACAAAUUCCCCUCACAUCAACUACCACAUCAAACACUAUUACACCUGCUAAUCAGGCUGGUUCAGCUUUUAAUAACAUAAUUACUAUGUCAAACGCUAGUGGAUUAAACAUGUCACCUCCAACUCCAGCCUCACCUAUGUCUUACAUAACCACUCAAACUACCCAGAGCACAUCAACAUCUGCCCAGUCACUUUCAAGCAAUCACACUAGCCAUCCAAUCGGUACUUUUGAAACAACAGUCAAUCAUACGACAGAAAGCUCUUCCACUGCACCAAGUGUCGCGACUCAAGUAACCAAUCAGACAGCGGUUCUACGAACAAUGACGUCCAAUGUAUUAUUCACAGAGCCAUUUGCAGUACAGUGUAACUUUUCCCAGUCCUGCGUUAAUGAAUCUUCAUACUACUGGAUGCUUGUGGAGGUGAAAGGCUCUAAUAUGACGGAGGAAAAGAUUCAAAUUUGGUUUUCAGAUCUUUUUAAUGAAAGCAUCUGCUCUGCUAGAGUUUCAACAACAGGAAUCGAAACUACGUCAUGUCAUAUUUCUGAGAAUACUGAGGUUAGAUGUGAAGCCAAGCAGAACAUCCAAAGGACAAAUUGCACUGUGCUACUACAGCUGAGCCAACCUGUGAAUACAUGCAUCCUCCGAAGGCUGGUGCAAAACGGGACUAUAAACCCAUCUAUCCAAAUCCAGCUUCAGGGAGAUGUAGAAAGAGUGGGCAAAGGACUAUGCCCAGAGCACGAUAUUACGCCCCCUGGAGGGGGUUUUGUGCACUGCACAUCUCCAAUGUCUUAUGAUGACGUCUGCAAGACCCAGGGACCUGUCAAUGUCACAUGUGCAAAGGGGCAGAUAUUCGCUGUUAUUUUAAAUGAGAGCUGUGAAGUCUUGCCUUCUGAGUCCUACACAACUCAAGUUGUCCCUCCUAGAACAAGUUCUGAGAGCAGUGCUACAUUCCCCAACAUCACUUCUCCAUCAGUAACUAGAGAUUGGUCACUGACCAACCAAACCCACACUCCAGUCACACCAUCCACACCAUUAUUCACAAACACUUCUAGUACACAACUCAAUACAACAAGUCUAAUAUUCAAUACAUCCAUCAACAAUACAGACAAUCAAACAAACACUGUGUCAAAUUAUACAGCAAGUCUACCACUCAAUUCAACACGUGAUAUAGUACCACCGGUCAAUAUAGCAAGUACACCACACUAUAUAACAACCUCAGUGGUCAGUACAACACAUAAAACAUCCAGUGUAACACCUCAACUGAGCAAUACAGCCGUUACAACACACUAUACAACAACCUCACCAGUCAGUACAACAGGUACAUCAGACAAUAUAGCAACUUCACCUGUCAAUACAACAGGUACAUCAAACAAUAUACCAGCAUCAUUGGUCAGUACAGCAAAUAUGAUACACAAUAUAACAACCCCACCAGUCAGUGCAACAGGUACAACACACAAUAUAGCAACUUCACCUGUCAAUACAACAGGUACAUCAAACAAUAUACCAGCAUCAUUGGUCAGUACAACAAAUAUGACACACAAUAUAACAACCCCACCAGUCAGCGCAACCAGUACAACACACAAUAUAACAACUUCACCUGUUAAUACAACAGUUACAUCAAACAAUAUACCAGCAUCAUUGGUCAGUACAGCAAAUAUGACACACAAUAUAACAACCCCACCAGUCAGUGCAACAGGUACAACACACAAUAUAACAACUUCACCUGUUAAUACAACAGGUACAUCAAACAAUAUACCAGCAUCACUGGUCAGUACAACAACAACAACACACAAUAUAACAACCCUACCAGUCAGCACAAUGGGUACAACACACACUAUAACAACUUCACCGGUUAAUACAACAGUUACAUCAAACAAUAUACCAGCAUCAUUGGUCAGUACAACAAAUAUGAUACACAAUAUAACAACCCUACCAGUCACCACAACCGGUACAACACCCAAUAUAAAUACCUCACCUAUCAGUACAACAGGUACAUCAAACAAUAUACCAGAAUCACCGGUCAGUACAACAACUACAACACACGAUAUAAUAACCCCAACAGACGGCGCAACAAGUACAACAUACAAUGUAACUACCCCACCAGUCCAUUCAACAAAUACAGCACAUGAUAUAAUAACAACAACAGUCCCCCCAACAGUUGGUGCAACAGGUACAUCUUACAAUAUAACAACCUCACAAGUCAAAACAACACUCAAUAUAACAACCUCAGGGGUCAGUGCAACACAUACAACACUUGAUGUAUCAGCCCAGCCGGUGAAUACAGCAGAUACAACAGAAAAAAUAACAACCUCAGUGGUCAGUACAACACAUACAACACUUGAUUUAACAACUCAACCGGUUCAUACAGCAGAUACAACAGACAAAAUAGCAACCUCAGUGAUCAGGACAACACAUACAACACUAGAUGUAGCAACUCAACCAGUCAAUACAGCAAGUACACCACACAAUAUAACAACCUCACCUGUCAGCACAACAGCUACAUCAAACAAUAUAGCAAACUCACCAGUCAGAACAACAGGUACAGAAUCAACACUCAAUAUAACAACCUCACCUGUCAGUACAAUAGGUACAUCAAACAGUAUAACAGCAUCAUUGAUCAGUACAACAAAUAUAACACCCACUAUAACAACCUCACCUGUCAGUACAACAGGUACAUCAAACAAUAUACCAGCAUCACCGGUCAGUACAACAACUACGACACACAAUAUAAUAACCCCAACAGUCGGUGCAACAAGUACAACAUACAAUGUAACCACCCCACCAGUCAGUUCAACAAAUACGGCACAUGAUAUAAUAACAACAACAGUCCCCCCAACAGUUGGUGCAACAAGUACACCAUACAAUAUAACAACCUCACAAGUCAAAACAACACUCAAUAUAACAACCUCAGGGGUCAGUACAACACACACAACACUCGAUGUAACAGCCCAGCCGGUCAAUACAGCAGAUACAACAGGAAAAAUAACAGCCUCAGUGGGCAGUACAACACAUACAACACUCAAUGUAACAACUCAACCAGUCGAUACAACAGACAAAAUGACAACCUCAAUGGUCAAUACAAAAAAUACCACACUUGAUUUGACAACUCAACCGGUUGAUACAGCAGAUACAACAGACAAAAUAACAACCUCAGUGAUCAGGACAACACAUACAACACUCGAUUUAGCAACUCAACCUGUCAUUAUUUCAACUUCAAGUCAAUAUAGCAAUUUCACCUGUAAGAUAUAA